AUGUUAUUAUUGAAAAAUUCGUCGUUGACUAAUAAUUCAAUUAAUAUGAUCAAAGUCUCGACCACUAAUCUAACGUCUGUAUCUGUUUAUAGGACUAGAUUUAUUAGAUAUAAUCAUAUCAACACAUGUAGUAAACAUAUAUUUGUUAGACCAUAUCAUGUUACAAGAAUAACGAAUACAUUCAAGGCAGCCACGGCAACUAAAAAGGUUAUUGAUAUUCCAGAGGAUUUCGCAUUAGAGACGCACACGGAUAUCCAGGCUGCCACAAAGGAACAAGCUAAACAAAGAUCGGCUGCUAUGUCCUUAAACGAUUCAAAUAUAAUCACAAAUGCCGUAUCCUCAGCUACUACAGCAUUACACCAUGCAUACAGACAAGAUACAGGGUUCGGUACAAGACCUAUAUAUAUGGAUAUGCAAGCUACCACGCCAACUGAUCCUCGUGUUCUAGAUACUAUGCUGAAAUUCUUCACUGGGCUGUAUGGUAACCCACAUUCAAAUACACAUUCCUAUGGGUGGGAAACAAAUAAGGCUAUUGAGGACUCAAGGAAGCAUAUUGCUUCUUUGAUUAAUGCCGAUCCAAAGGAAAUAAUUUUUACCUCAGGUGCCACAGAAUCAAAUAAUAUGGUGAUUAAGGGUGUACCUCGUUUCUAUAAAAAGACCAAAAAACAUAUUAUUACCACUAGAACUGAACAUAAAUGUGUUCUGGAAGCUGCAAGAAGCAUGAUUAAUGAAGGUUUUGAAGUAACCUUUUUAAAUGUUAAUAAAGAUGGGUUGAUUGACUUAAAGGAAUUGGAAUCAUCUAUUAGACCAGAUACUUGUUUAGUUUCUGUGAUGGCUGUAAAUAAUGAAAUCGGUGUUAUUCAACCUUUAAAAGAGAUUGGUGCAAUUUGUAAAAAAAAUAAGGUUUAUUUCCAUACUGAUUGUGCUCAAGCAUAUGGUAAGAUUAAGUUGGAUGUAAAUGAUAUGAAUAUAGAUAUGUUGUCAAUUUCUUCCCAUAAAAUUUACGGUCCAAAAGGGAUUGGUGCGUUGUACGUUAGAAGAAGACCAAGAGUCAGAUUAGAACCUUUAUUGUCUGGGGGUGGUCAAGAAAGAGGUUUAAGAUCGGGUACUUUGGCACCACCACUAGUUGCUGGUUUUGGUGAGGCUGCCAGAUUAUUAAAACAAGAGUUUGUUAAUGAUGAUGCCCAUAUUAAGAGGCUGUCUAAAAAGUUGAUUGAUGGGUUGUUAGCUUUGGAACAUACUACGUUGAAUGGUUCUGCAGAGCACAGAUAUCCAGGCUGCAUCAAUGUUUCUUUUGCAUAUGUAGAAGGUGAAUCUUUGUUGAUGGCCUUGCGGGAUAUUGCUUUGUCCUCUGGGUCUGCAUGUACUUCAGCAUCAUUGGAACCAUCUUACGUUUUGCAUGCCUUAGGUGCAGAUGAUGCUUUAGCACAUUCUUCAAUUAGAUUCGGUAUUGGUAGAUUUACUACAGAGGAAGAGAUUGAUUACGCUAUUAAAGCAAUUAGUGGAAGAGUCAAAUUCUUAAGAGAAUUAUCUCCAUUAUGGGAAAUGGUUCAAGAAGGUAUCGAUUUAGAUUCUAUUGAAUGGUCUGGUCAUUGA